AUGGUCAGAGGCUCAGGCAAGUUUAAGACCAAGCGCGGUGGGGGGAGGAAUUUCAGUAAACACCUUGAAAUUGACGAGAACGGAACUGCUGUGUCGCUUGAUAAACGAUGGGCGAAGGAGGAAGACGACGACGACGAAGACAAGUUGGAGGAAGAAGACGAAGAGGAGGAAGAGGAAGAAGAGGAGGAAGAAGGGGGUGGCAGUGUCACACAGCCUGAGCUAAGUCGUGCUGAGCGGAAGGCGCUCAAGAAGAAACAAGCGGACCAGAAACAAACAGCGGAGGGAGAGAGCGAUACAGAUGCAGAUCUAAUAAACCCCAACCACGUCGAGAAGAAGAUGAAUAUAUCUGAUCUUGCGGCACCUCGUGAGCUAACCCGUAAAGAAAGGGAGGCGAAGGAGAAACAAGAAGCCAAGGAUCGCUACUGGAAGCUACAUCUUGCUGGAAAGACCGAUGAAGCAAAGUCUGAUCUCGCUCGCCUUAAAAAGAUCAAGGAGGAGCGGGAGGCUGCUCAAGCCAAGAGAAAGGCUGAAGCCGAAGCAAAGGCCGCAGAGAUAGAGGCCAAGCGCAAAGCAGCCGAGAAGAAACGUACUUGA